AUGGAUUCACUGAAGUCUGAAGAGAACGAACAGCUCCAGAGCGAGUCAGCCAUGAGUUUAGUUUGUUUGCUAAGAAUAUGUUGCGACCGGAGCACCGACUCUGAGAAUAUCGUGUCUCCGGUUCCGAAAAUUGUUAAAAACUUAAUAACAUAUCUGUGUUCCGAUCGUAACUUUACUCCUGAAGUGACACCAAUUGAUAGUUCGGACGCCAAUUCAUCUAAAGAGGCGAAACAGUCAGGAAUUUUGAGUUUAGAUAACAUGCAAAAGUUUGCUGAAAAAAUGUCAUUCAAAAGAUCCAAUUCUGUGAACUCAUCCAAGAAAGCGAAAACUGAUGUCUUGCCAGCUGUUGAUGGCGAUAACGUCUCACCCAAUGUUGUCGACCACAACGAUAAGCAAAACGAAGUGUUGAGACGGGGAGCGAGUCUCGCGCUGACAGAAAUCGCCAAAUAUUUUGGACCUCAAAUACCGUCAAUGGUGCCUAAUCUCUGGGAACAAAUCACACAAAUUAUGAGUUAUUCGGAACUGUCUAAGAAUUCUGGGCUAAGUUUAGAUGACGCCAAGUGUUUGAUCCAAUGUUUACAAGUGCUAGAAAUAAUUGGUCCUCAUUUGGACCGGGAGUUGCACUCAUAUUUGAAAAGUUUACUCAACUAUUUGUGUUUAUGUCUCGAGAGUCCAUUCAUAACCAUCCGUCAUAUGUCUGCGCGUUGUAUCGGAAUGUUAAGUCAAGUGAUCAAAACAGAUACCAUGGAUACUGUUUUGUCGACAAUAUUAGAACUCUUGGAAAUGUCUGAAUCGGACACAAGAAGACAGGGAGCCAUCGAAGCGCUGUUAUGUGUAAUCGAUAGUUUGGGAUUCAAUAUCGUGCCGUAUAUAGUGCUGCUAAUUGUGCCGAUGUUGGGCCGCAUGAGUGACCACAACGAUUGUGUGCGCCUUUUGGCCACUCAUUGUUUCGCCCAAUUGGUCCAAUUGAUGCCACUCGACAGCGACUCCAAAGCCAACUCUCAUAAUCUCAUUAAUGGCCAACUCUUGCAAAGGAAAGAAACCGAACGACACUUUUUGGAACAGUUGAUGAAUAUGAAGAAAUUAGACGAUUAUAAGAUCCCCAUUGCCGUCAAGGCUGAGCUCAGGACAUACCAACAAAAUGGUGUCAAUUGGUUGGCGUUUCUCAAUAAAUACAAACUUCACGGCAUUGUUGCCGACGAAAUGGGUUUAGGAAAGACAUUGCAAACCAUAUGUAUUCUCGCUUCCGAUCAUUACUACCAAACAAUUCGAGUGAAUAAGUCGUCCGUUGAUUGCAAGCCUUUGCCCUCAAUAGUGAUAUGUCCGCCAACACUGACUGGUCAUUGGCUCUACGAAGUGGAUAAGUUUGUGAGCACUGAUCAGUUGUGUCCACUUCACUACACCGGCCCUCCAAAUGAACGCAUGAAACUGAGAAAGAAAAUCAAGAGAAGUGACAAUAAACUCGUUUACAAUGUUGUCAUCGCUUCUUAUGAUAUCGUUCGCAAUGACAUCGAGUUCUUCUCAUCGAUUCACUGGAAUUACUGUGUCUUAGAUGAGGGACAUGUCAUCAAAAAUGGCAAAACAAAGCUGUCGAAAGCCAUUAAGUCAUUACCAGCCAAUCAUCGCCUCAUUCUAACGGGAACUCCCAUUCAGAACAAUGUGUUGGAGUUGUGGUCAUUGUUUGACUUCUUAAUGCCUGGCUUUUUAGGCACUGAGAGACAAUUCAUGGCCCGAUAUUCCCGUCCUAUUCUUCAGAGUCGAGACGCAAAGUCUUCGUCUAAAGAACAAGAGGCAGGAGUCUUGGCGAUGGAAUCUCUUCAUCGACAGGUCUUACCAUUCAUUUUGCGUCGUAUGAAAGAAGACGUACUAAAAGACUUACCGCCGAAGAUAAUGCAAGACUAUUACUGCGAGUUGAGUCCAUUGCAGUUCAAACUGUAUGAGGACUUUGCCAAAAGCAAAGCCAGACAUAAUUUGCAAGAAUCUGUUGUAACCAAAAAUGCAACCAAUAAUGAAAAGACAAACGUUUCCUCCACUCAUAUAUUCCAAGCGCUUCAGUAUUUACGUAAAGUCUGUAAUCACCCGAAGCUGGUCCUCACCACAGCUCAUCCCCAAUACGACGCAAUCACUUCACAAUUAAAACAAGAGAAGAGUUCCCUUUCGGACAUCAGUCACGCGGCAAAGCUCUGCGCUUUAAGACAAUUAUUACUCGACUGCGGAAUUGGGACCCAAAGUGCUGUUUCUGUGAUUAAUGGCUCCGAACCGGUAGUCAAUCAACACAGAGCUCUCGUCUUUUGUCAACUCAAGAGUAUGUUAGAUAUCGUCGAAAACGACUUAUUCAAAGCACACAUGCCUUCCAUCACUUACUUACGACUGGACGGCAACAUUGCGCCCAUCUCUCGACACUCAGUUGUCCAUCUUGGAAUCUCUUCAUCGACAGAAGACGUACUAAAAGACUUACCGCCGAAGAUAAUGCAAGACUAUUACUGCGAGUUGAGUCCAUUGCAGUUCAAACUUUAUGAGGACUUUGCCAAAAGCAAAGCCAGACAUAAUUUGCAAGAAUCUGUUGUAACCAAAAAUGCAACCAAUAAUGAAAAGACAAACGUUUCCUCUACUCAUAUAUUCCAAGCGCUUCAGUAUUUACGUAAAGUCUGUAAUCACCCGAAGCUGGUCCUCACCACAGCUCAUCCGCAAUACGACGCAAUCACUUCACAAUUAAAACAAGAGAAGAGUUCCCUUUCGGACAUCAGUCACGCGGCAAAGCUCUGCGCUUUAAGACAAUUAUUACUCGACUGCGGUAUUGGGACCCAAAGUGCUGUUUCUGUGAUUAAUGGCUCCGAACCGGUAGUCAAUCAACACAGAGCUCUCGUGUUUUGUCAACUCAAGAGUAUGUUAGAUAUCGUCGAAAACGACUUAUUCAAAGCACACAUGCCUUCCAUCACUUACUUACGACUGGACGGCAACAUUGCGCCCAUCUCUCGACACUCAGUUGUCCAUCAAUUCAAUAACGACCCCUCCAUUGAUGUCUUAUUGCUUACCACACAAGUUGGAGGACUGGGAUUGAACCUAACGGGCGCCGACACCGUUAUAUUCGUAGAGCACGACUGGAAUCCUAUGAAAGACUUGCAGGCAAUGGAUAGGGCGCACAGAAUUGGACAGAAGAAAGUGGUGAAUGUUUAUCGACUAAUAACGACCGGCACUUUAGAAGAAAAGAUUAUGGGUUUACAGAAGUUUAAGCUCACCAUUGCUAACACUGUCAUCAGUAGUGAUAAUUCAAACUUACAGACAAUGGCAACGGACCAACUCUUGGAUCUCUUUAGUUUAGGUCAUCAUAAAAGUGAGUCAAUGAACAAAUCUAACGAAAGUAGUGGUUCUGGGAUGAAGAAUAUUCUUGAAAAUCUGCCCGAACUCUGGGAUUCUCGACAAUACGACUCUGAAUAUGAUUUAACAAAUUUCAUUAAUUCCUUGAAAUCAUAAUAUUUCACUUGAGUAUCACAUUUUGGCGCAAAUCAUCC